AUGGGGACUGCACCAAGCAAACCGUCAAUGAAAAGAUCAGACAGCAAACGCUACCCUGUGCUGGCUACCAGUGCAGCUCCUGAGGAAGAUAUGCCUGUAUUGAUGCAGCAGGUGGUGGAUAUCGAGAAGGAGCGCUCCAAGCUGCCGAACCCUGGCCUUUACGAGAAUGCGCCCAAUGAGCUCAAACCACCCGUGAGUCCGGACGCGUUUGACGGCUUCCGCUUUGACUUUACGCGUAUACUGGGUGCUCGAUGCUCGACAUCGCACUCCUUUCUGUUAGGUACACCCAUGAUCCCUGGUGGGCUGUAUCAGUUUGGCGCUAACGUGGUCAUGGGCGACCCCAUGGAUCCCUCAACGUUCCUCAUGAGUAAGAUCACACCGGACGGCUAUCUUGAUGCCCGAUGGAAUCAGAAGAUCUCGGAGAAGUGGAAAAUGCGUGUCAAGUCACAGCUGAAGAAUGAAGAGCAGGGUUCUCAAGCGCUUGCCGACUUUGACUACGUUGGCGACGAUUUUACGUGGAACAUGAAGGUCUCGAACGGUCCGCUACUUGGCGUCAGUUACCUGCAAAGUGUCACGCAGAAGCUUGCACUUGGUGGCGAGGCCUACUACCACGGUAAGCACCAGAAGGUGAUCUCGGCGUACGCUGGUAAGUGGAAUGCGCGCGACUGGGUCGGUAUGGCCACGUACGGAGCCAUGGGCACGCUACAGCUUGCCUACUUACGCAAGGUUGGUCACCGCCUUCGCUACGGCUCGGAGUUUGUGUACAACCACGCUUCGGGUGAGGCGCAGACGACCUGCGGCGUGGAGAUGGACCUGGGCCAGACACGGUUUGUGUCUAGCGUGGACUCGACUCUGCGCGUAGCAACGAGCAUCGAGUCGCGUGUGCUGCCAAAUUUCGUGCUCUCGCUCUCGGCCGAGGGCUUUCCACUCAAAGAUGACUUCAAGUUUGGUUACGGUGCACAGAUUUCGUUUUAG